AUGAGCAUGUCAUGGCUCAUUAUGGGUGAUUUCAACUAUGUGAAAUCUCCCGAGGAGAAACAGCUUGGAGUGGCCCCGACUUGGUAUGAACUCAAGGAUUUCGUGGACUGCAGUGUAGCGCUUGGAUUGCUUGACGCCCCCACAACGGGUUGCUAUUACAUAUGGUAUUCCAACAAGGACAGCAACCCGGUGUGGUGCAAACUUGAUCGGGUCCUCUACAACAACGAAUGGCUCGAGGCCAGUUUACAUUGUGGCGCCCACUUCAACCCACCGGAAUGCCUAUCAGACCACUCCUCAGGUAUUGUCACUAUCUUCGAUCAUUGUCCCACUAAGCCAAAACUGUUCCGCUUUUUCAAUAUGUGGGCAGGCCAUCCAGGCUUUUUUACUAUUGUUGAACAUCGAUGGAACUUGAAUGUGGAGGAAACGCCACAAUUCAGCCUUUGUAAGAGACUGAAAUCACUCAAAAGCGCACUGAAAGCUUUCAAUACACAACACUACGGCCACAUCUCCACCAGGGCCAAAGAGGCUGACCUUGCCCUGCAAGAUGCUCAGAACCAACUUGAAGUAGCGCUUCAGGACUAUUUGGGAGAUCUCAGGAGGAAGGUUGUUUUUCUUGUUGAGGCCGAACGGCACUUCUUCUACCAGAAAGCCCAAAUCCACUACCUCAAAGAGGGGGAUCGAAAUACCAAAUUCUUCCACGAUAUGGUGAAAAGGAACGCUACUAGAAACUCCAUCACGGCAGUCACUAGAGUUGACGGGAGUAUUAUCACUGCUGCCGAGGAUAUUGCCCAAGAGUCCGUUCGUUACUACACAUCACUUUUGGGCACCGAGGCUCACACCAUCCCAGUCGAUGAUGGUGUGUUCGAUUGGGGCCCCAAACUCUCCUCCGAGCUUACCGUGGAACUUUGCAGGGAAGUCACGGCACUGGAGGUCAAGGAAGCCAUCUUCAAUAUUAACGACAACAAGGCACCCGGCCCAGAUGGUUAUUCAUCAUGCUUUUCAAGAAAGCAUGGAAUGUGGUGGGCGAUCAAGGAUGCAGGGCCGUCUUGGAUUUCUUUAGGAGUGGACGGAUGCUAA